AUGGUAACCGCGGAUUGUUUGGGGAAGGGCAUCCUCGGUGUCAAACGUCCAGCGGAGGAGAGGAACAUCCAGGCAUCUGUGCGCGAAGAGCAGUCGAGAUGGCGGGGACGGCGAGACAUGACCGAGAGAUGGCGAUGAACGCUAAACGGCAGCUGUCUGAGUGCUCGGACCCGGUGGAGAAACUCCGACUGCAGUGUCUGGCCAGAGGCUCGUCUGGGAUCAAAGGUCUGGGCAGAACCUUCAAAAUAAUGGACGAUGACAGCAGCCGCUCGCUGGACUUCAAGGAGUUCCUGAAGGGCCUGAACGACUACGGGGUCAUGAUGGAGAAGCAGGAGGCCACGGCCAUCUUUGACAUCUUUGACAGGGACGGGAGUGGGACCAUCGACUUCGAGGAGUUCCUCAUCACUCUGAGGCCACCGAUGUCUCAGGCCAGGAAGGAGGUGGUCAUGCAGGCGUUUCGGAAGCUGGAUAAGACGGGUGAUGGGGUGAUCACCAUCGAGGACCUGAAGGGGGUUUAUAACGCCAAGUGCCACCCCAAAUAUCAGAACGGGGAGUGGACAGAGGAGCAGGUGUUCAGGGCGUUCCUGGACAGCUUUGACUCUCCCUACGACAAAGAUGGACAGGUGACCAAAGAGGAGUUUGACAACUAUUACAGUGGAGUCAGCGCCUCCAUCGACAGCGACGUCUACUUUAUUCUAAUGAUGAGAAACGCCUGGAAGCUCUGAACCAAGCGAAGGACACGAACUCCAGACUGUCAUUAAUCAUGCUGAAGAAAUGUAACGUGAGCUCACACCUGUGAUCAGGACGCUUCUGUGACUAAUUACCACAAUGAUAACACCUGUAGCUGUGUGUACUUUCUACUGUGGGUUUACAAGUUACAACUGGUUUCAUUCCAGAUCAGUGAGUGACUUUGGUCCAUUUGGCUGUUUUUAGAAGUAGAACAUUAUCUGAUGUCUGUCGUCCUGUUGGGUGUAGAUGGUCAUAAGGAAACAGCUUUAAUUCUCUUUUCUCUACUUUAUUGUACAUUGCUUUGAUUAAAUAAAACACUGAUUAAAUAGUGUGUGUUAACAGGUACAAUCAACACCAUAAGAGACAUACAGUGGGUUAGCAGGCGUCAGUCUGACUGAAAUGUUACAGAGAAAACACAUUCUGGGUUUUUAUUCAGCCACUGCUACAAGGAAGCUCGAGGUGUAUGUUGUGUCAGGUACUGAAGAAGCAGCUUUGUAUUUGUCGUCUCAACUCCACUGAGACCACAAACAGAGACACUUGGGCAGGGCGCCACAGCAACACAUCCACAGCUGUUCUGCAGCAAACACUGGGGCAGUGUGGGCUGGGUAACGGCAAGAAGAGCCUGUGAACACCAACAGGGUUGGUGCACAGGAGCUGGGAUAGCAGCAGCAGACCUCAGCGGUGUUUCUGUAUGUUUGAGUCCACUGAGGAGUUGUAGGCGAUGCUUGUACAGACAGGUGACAGAGUACACAGGACACAGUGUGGCUCCUGCUGUGGUUCCAGGAGCUGUUUAGGAUGUUCCUGAGCUCAUUCAGGUGGUGGCUGUGGUUCUUGGUGGAGGACCUAGUGGUCACCCAGGAGAUUCUGGAGGCUGCUUUAGAGCCAACAGGGGCUCAUGUUGGGGACUGAGGAGGUUCCAGGGACUGGUCCGACACUUCAGGUGGCCGCUGAGGAGGUUCCAGUUGAGAUGUGAGCAGUCCUUUAGCUGGUUCUGGUGGUCAGUAAAGGGGUUCUGUGAUCCUGUAGGUUGCUGGUGUGGUCACUGAGGAACUUCUAUAUGUCCUUAGGGUGUUUCAGAUCAAUCCAAUCAAAUCAAAGUGUUUAUUGUCAUAUGCACAGUAAGGAAACAUGUUUCCCUGUGCAAUGAAAUUCUUCCU